AUGGCGCAGUCAAUGAUGAGGAAGAUUGCUUUAAGCAAUAUUUGUGUUAUGGUGGGAUUGACAAGAAGGACAAGCUCUCGGAGCUUAACAACAGCUAAAAAUCUUAUAGAAAAAAAAACCAAGAAUGACUUGCCACCAGAGGGAGAAAUUACGAAAUCUGUAUUUAUGUCUCAGUCAACAGACAUUUACACCAAUUUAGCAUUAGAGGAUUGGAUGUACCGUAACAUGGACUUUAGUAAGCACCAUGUCAUGAUGGUGUGGCGAAAUGAACCUUGUGUUGUUAUUGGUAGACAUCAGAAUCCUUGGCUUGAAGCAAAUGUUCCAUUUUUAUCUGAGAAGGAAAUAGCACUUGCCCGUCGUAAUAGUGGAGGUGGCACUGUGUAUCAUGACCGUGGUAACUUAAAUAUUACUUUCUUCACACCAAGAGAAAGAUACAAUAGAAAGUAUAAUUUAGAGCUUAUAACAAGGGCUCUAUAUAGAGGAUUUGGAAUUAAGUCCCUCAUAAAUGACCGUGAUGACAUCAUUGUUAGAGAUAAAUAUAAGAUUUCCGGGACAGCUGCUAAAUUAGGACGCUUAUCAGCAUAUCACCACUGUACACUUCUAGUCAAUGCUAAUAAGACGGAUCUCAGGAAAGCACUAGCCAAGAGAGAGCAUGGCAUACAGACUAAGGCGACGGUAUCAACACCCUCUCCCGUGGUCAAUCUGGCAGAUCUGGACAACAAGGUGACUGUAGAGAAUCUUCAAAUAGCUGUUGGCUAUGAGUACCUGAGAACAGCCGCGUUGCAUUUAGAAGAUGGAGGAGAUAGGCAGAUCUCAAAACAAAGAGGCUUCCAGUUCGUCAAUCCCACUGAUGAGUGGUUCCCAGGUCUAGCAGAAAUAAAGAAUGAGCUAGUAACAUGGGACUGGUCGUUUGGCCGCACUCCACUGUUCACCGUGAGCCGGUCCUUCCCAGUUCCGGCCGAACUUCUAGCGCCUUCCAAAAUAUAUUCAGCAAGUCAAGAGCUCGUUAUCAGCAUGACUGUGGAGAAAGGGCUGAUCAAUGACGUCACAUUAAACAUCCCUCCAGGUUUAAUCGAAUCUGGAUUCCAUGGAGAAGCAUCAGUUAUCACACAUUUGAAAGGAAAGAGAUUCACAUCUGAAGCUCUCACAGCUCUCCAGGAAGCACUCCUCACGCGUCACUCCAGUGGGGACGAUAGAAAGUUGGACGAAAAAGAACAGUUCGUCGCUAAGUGUUUCGACCAAGUGGUUAACACAAAC